CCUCAAUCCAUCUGUUUCUUAGCCAAAAACUCUGAUAUCUGAGAAGUAGUUUCAACUAGAGAGACUCUCCAAUAUUCAAGACAGGGGUAGAAGAGAUCGUUUGCGAGAUAUGGGAAACUACAUGACUUGCCAUUCUUUUCAAUCGUCUACUCCCAAAACGGCGAAGCUUUUUGAUGCUCAUGGGAACCUCCGGCGAGUUAAGGUCCCGGUGACGGCGGCCGAGCUCAUGCUGGAAGAACCCGGGUACGUAGUGUCUAGGGUGGAUGACCUCCGGCGCACUCGCCGGAUUCCGGCUAUGCGGGCCGACGACGUGUUGUUAGAGGGAAAAGCUUACUUGAUGAUGCCGGUGAGUAGGGUGCACUGUGUGGUCUCGGAAGUGGAGAUGGCACUAAUAGCCGCUGCAUCGAAGAAGAGGUCGAAAAAGCGAGGUGGGUCUAGGGUUUUGCCUGCUGGAAACGAAGGAACGACUGAGAAUUUGGAGGUUCAGAGUAGGGUUUUGGGUAGUGAUGGUGGUGGUGAUGUGGGUUUCUUUGGUCGUCACCGGUUGGGGAAUUUCAGACAGUGGAGUCCAGUUUUGGAGACCAUUUCUGAAGGAAGUUAAGAGAGUAGCACCCGACGAACGUUUUUCCCUUUUUCUUUUCCUGGUUUUGUUUUUCUCCGCCAGGGAUUUUCCGGGAAUCUGAUGUUUUCAGUGAGAAGUGAAAUACCAAAGUCCAGUUUGUAAUUUUGUGGGUAGUGAAAUUAGUACGGAAUCUGUUCAUACAAUUUCUCCAUGGUUUUUUCAUUAAUCAAUAAUUAGUUUUGGUUGAUGA